AUGAUUUCAGGCCUAGAGCCCAGAGCCCUGUUCACGCGCGCGCGAGCUGCCUCGAGCGCCGCGGGCGCGAGCACGUCGCACCGCCGCACGAGUCACACCCUGCACGCCACGACAAAGGCGCCCGCGACCGGCCUGGGACGCGAGCUGGCGGGCACUGCGUCGCUGGACGACGUCUGGAUGCCAAGCUCCGUCCCGUGGAAGCCAGCCGACGCAGAGCCGGUCAAGAGGCACUCGUUGCUCUCGCCGCACGACGCAGCCGUCGUGGAGCUCAAGCGUGCGUCCGAGCUGGCCGCGCUCCGCCGCCGCUUUCACGCGCUCUGCCACGAGAACGGAGUCGCCGCACCGCCGAUGAAUGCAUUCGAGCGGUGGCGCUUUCAGAGCAAAUGGGAGGAGGAGGAGGAGGCGGUGCAAGGGGACCCGCUCUUGCCCGUGGCCGCCGAAGGGCCGCCAGCGCCCAGCGACCACGCGAGGUGCGCCGACGAACGUCCGCGCUCCGCCGACGAGUCGAUGCGGGCCGACCUGCGGCGCGCAGGCAUGGCGCCCGCCGCGAGCGCGGCGGUCGUGCAGGCGGUGCGGUCGGCCUCUGCGCGAGCGGCGACGAGGGUGGACAACUUCCGCUCCACUGCGGCGGAGGGCGGGAGGCUGCGCGUCCGCCUGAAGCGCGAGGAGGAUGGCGCGACGCGUCUCGAGGCUGCCCUCGGGGGCGCUGCCUUCUCCGCCCUGCAGCGGUGCCUCGGCGUCAACUUCGAGUGCUUCGCGUCUCCGCUCAACUGCUACUACGGCGCCUACUGCUCCGCCUUCCCCGACGUGGACGCGCCGUUCGGCUCGCGCGGCUCGUUCCGCGGCUUCGCGCCGCGGCGGGGGAGCUACGAGGUCAACCCGCCCUUCGUCGACGGCCUCAUCGCCCGCAUGGCCGAGCGGCUCCUCUCGCUCCUCGCGGCUGCGCACGCCGCCUGCGAGCCGCUCACAUUCGUUGUGGUGCUGCCGGGCUGGCUCGACUCGGAGGGGUACCGCGCCCUCGACGGGAGCAGCCACCUGCGCGCCAAGCUGCUCGUCGCCGCCGCCGACCACGGCUUCGUCGACGGCGGCCAGCACGCGCGCACGCGGACCUUCCGCGAGUCGCCGUACGACACUGCGCUCUUCUUCCUGCAGAGCGGCGCCGCUGCCGCGGUGGACGAGGCGUGCGUCGAGAGCGUGCGCACGGCGCUCGCGCGGUGCACGCCCGCGGCCGAGAGCCUCGCCUCGCUCGACCCCAGGGAGAGGGUCCGCGGGAGGAGCAGGAAAAGGCCGCGCUGGCGCAAGAAGCCUCCGGGUCGGCCGGCCGCCUCGUCCAGCGCCGCCGUCGUCACUCGUGGGGCCAAGCGUCCGCGCGAGGCUGUGUGA